CCGCUGGUUGGUGACAACUGGAGCCCAUGGGAGCACCUGGCGAAGUUCCGAGCUUGGUCCGUCCACAGUACGAUGCCCACGGUCGGUUGGAGUAGACGCGCGUGUGAAGAUGCAACCGAUCGGUGGACGACGGUCACUCGAUCAGGUGCGGCACUGGGUGCUGCCGCUGCUGGUGCUAGUGUUCGGUGCGAAGCUAAUCCUCCAAGCGACCGGCGAGAUUGUGAUUUGUAACUACGAAAAGUUCCACCUGUUCGACAGUAUGUACCGACCGCGGACGGACAACUUCUGCGUGUUUAACGACGUGUACCUGGGCAGUGAUGUGAAGGGUGCCGACUUCCUGGCCAGCAGUCUGGACUACAAGCGGGUUGCGUUUGCAAACUCCAAGUUCCCGCAGGUGCCACCCUCGCUGUUUAAGAACUUUGACGAUAUCCGGGAGCUGUACGUGAGACGCUGCUCGGUGGAGAUGUUGAAGAUCACACGGCUGCUGGAGAAAGUGUACGCCGGCGGUAAUCGUAUCGCGAGUGUCCAGUUGGAUGGAAACGCGUCGAACAGCUUGCGUGAGCUGUAUCUCGACGGCAAUAGGUUGCAGGGGCUCGCUAACCUAACGAAUCUGCCCGCCAUGGAGGUGCUGGUGCUGGAGAACAACCCACUGCUGGGUAAUGUGGAUUUCGCCCAGUUCGGUCGGAUGGAGCGGCUGUGGAAGCUCGAUCUUGAGCGGAUCGGUAUGAGCCGGAUCGGCAAUGGAUUGAAGCGACCGCUCGCCGAACUGCGACGGCUCGAUCUCUCCAACAACGCCAUCACGUACGUGCAUGUGCGGAUGUUUCGCACCUUCCCGAAGCUCGAACAUCUGUGGCUGCACGGCAACCGGCUGUACUUCAUGGAGGCGGACCAGGUACGGACGCUGAUGCCCACCAUCCGCAGCAUCGUGAUCGACGACAAUCUGUGGGGCUGCGGGCAUUUGGCACGGUUGGGGAAGCAGUUGCGCGACCAUGGCAUCAUCAUCCGCCACGGUAACUGUCGGACGGAGCGUGCCGUUCAUCGGGUGUGCUGUUCGGACGAGACGGACGUGGUCGAUACGCGGUAUCUGAUCGAGAUGGGCAUCAGGCACGAGACGCGCGUGCAGCAGGAUGUGCGUGAGCUGCGGGCGGAAAAUGAUUUCCUUCGGCGGGAUCUGGAGCGGUUUAAGGGUGUGCUGGGUGAGCUGAUGGCGAACUACACACGGUCCGUGUCGGUACAACCGGAGGCGGAAGUGAUGGAUGCGGAAGAGUCCGGCGAGCAACCGGAAAGUAACGUCGCCUCUUCCUUCGAGGAGUACGAAGAGGAUGGCAGUGAAAAAUGAAGGGAAAAGUGUACAAAUGGAGUAGAGAUCCAGCAAGCUUUUUGUGACUAGUGGUAGAUGCUGAGAUGAGAGGAGCGGUUAUUUAUUUUUUGCCUGUAAAAAAAUGAGUGUACUGUUGAAGAAUUUAUUAGAUUAAUAAAUUAUUACUGUUUA